AUGUCGAUAGUUUGUCCUGGAUACUACUUCUUUCCGAUGUUAGGCGGUUAUAAUACGGGCACACUUUUCGGGCAAUUCCUACGAAGUCACAUCUACAUGACAAUGUGGGUGUUCUUUUUGAGUCUCGAGCUUCCCGCAGUUGUUUCGUGCUUCAUUUAUCGCCACAAUGCGGCAGUUGACAUGGCGGCCGUGAGUUGUUUUUUCCUCGAAAUUCGAAGAUACUGUACUUGAAGUGCGAGUACAAUCGAUGGCUACGCAUACAUUUCAGAGAAAGAAACCGAAACGACAUUUGAAGAAGACUGGCCUAUUUCUAGCUCAACUCUUCCCUUUCCUCACCGCAUUUUCUUUGUACAAGUCGGAGAUUACACGCGAUCAGGCAGCAGUGUACUUGCAAAAGGUUUGCGACAUUGUAUGCUGUCACAAAAACAAUGAUAACGUUUCCAGAACUAUCCACAAUGUAUGUAUUGGCUUCAUAGCCAGGCGUUCACCGUUUACGACUACUACUCGAAUCCCUGGAUAGCGGUUUGCGGAAUCGGAGCCCUUUCGAUUGUUUGUGUUUAUACUGUGUAGGGUUUUGAGUGACUAUGACAGUAAAAGGUCUUCCAGAAUCUUCUUUUCCCUAGGCGUGCACACGAUGAUUCUUCUGCAACGAUUGCGUGCUCACAUGUCGUCGCAAACGUACCGAAUGCACCGGAUCGCCCUGAUCAGUCUGUCUCUGCAAGUCGUCAUCCCGUCCGUUCUUCUCCUUUGCCCACUUUACGUCUGUUUCCUCGUCGUGCUCUUCGAUCAACUCGAGCACCAGACAUUGGCGGCCAACAUGACCAUCAUGAUCGGGUGCCAUUCGCUUUGCUCUUCCACAGUCAUGCUUUUGACGAAUCCACGAUAUCGGUCACUGACGGCCACGUAUUUCUGUCGAUUGGCCGGGUGAGAAACUUGAAAUGAAAAAAAAACGACGAUUUCCAAUUUUCCAGAAAAGAGACCCAACGCAACAUGAGACGAGGUAUUGUCGAUCCGACUUCGACGACUCACAGAAGAAGCUUCACCCUUUGA